AUGGAGAUUGAAGCCAACCCAGAAAACCAAGUUGAAAUGCAUGAUUUUGACCCAGCAGAGAUACCUAGAGUACUAGCACCCAAUCCUAUAGACCCAAACUACAACCCGUGGUUAGACGACAAUAGGGAUUACCAGCAACGUUACCCAAUACCAGAAGAUGAACCCAUGCCGAAUCUAGCAGCCUACCCAGGAAAUCACAUCGGCGAGGAUCAAAUCGGUGAUUUAGUGAAGAGUUUCUUUUAUUUAGAAUCUGUAAUAGUGUAUUUCGAUUUUGAUCAUUUGUUGGUUUUAGAAAUGGUUGAUUUUAAGAUUUUUGAUUUGAGUUUGUUUAGCUGUAAGCCUGCCCUUCUUACUUACCUGCCUGAAGUGCCUAAUGCGGUUGCUGCGCCUGUAUUUGAACAGAGUGUUGAUGACGAAGUACCGGUUUUCAUAAUAUUAAUUUUGAAGAAGAAGUGGGCACAAACUCAUGGAUUGGAUCGAAAGAUGGAUUUGACCAUCAAGGACAGCGCUGGUCAAACUUGGAAUGUGGCUAUUGGUAAGGAGUUCUCACAAUGCUGUUUGCGAUUCAAUGUUACCGGUGUUUUUGUUGAGAAAUCUGGUAUUCAGCUUGAUAACAGAAGCGUGGUUCCGUAUAGCAAAACCCUAUUGAGACGUUAUCAAGCACACAUUAACGUCGAAUGGUGUAACCAGGCUGCGUCCAUUAAGUAUUUGUUUAAAUACAUUAACAAAGGACCAGAUAGGGCUGAAUUUGGUUUUGUACCAAAUGGUGAUGAAGGUCAGCUUGAAGAUGGAAAAGAUGAAAUCAAAGAGUAUUACGAUUGUAGAUAUCUCUCGGCAUGCGAAGCUUCAUGGCGCAUAUUUGCAUUUGAUGUUCAUUACCGCUAUCCAUCUGUAAUCAGGCUUCCGUUUCAUCUACCUGAUAAACAAAACGUUGUAUACGGCCCUGAUGACGAACUUGAUAGUGUUCUACAAAAACCUUCUGUUUCUUCUACGAUGUUUUUGGGGUGGAUGGAAAAGAACGAAAAAGAUCCGUUGGCGCGACCCCUUACUUACGUUGAGUUCCCAACUAAAUUUGUUUGGAAGAAGGAUGAAAGGAUAUGGGAUAAACGCAUAAUAGGCAAAACCAUUGGUCGUAUUCAUUGUGUGAAUCCUUCUAUGGGCGAGGCAUACUUUUUAAGAAUUCUUCUUAAUAAGGUAGUAGGUCCUAAGUCUUUUGAAGACAUUCGUACUGUAAAUGGACAAGUCUUCCCAACAUUUAGAGAUGCGUGCUACGCUAGAGGCCUUUUAGACGACGACAAGGAGUAUAUAGAAGCUAUCAAAGAGGCGUACUACACAGGUUCUGGUUACUAUCUUCGUAAUCUGUUUGCUACAAUGUUGGCGUCUAAUACAUUAUCAAAGCCUGAACAUGUUUGGGAAAACACAUGGGGGUACCUUGCGAAUGGUAUUUUACACAAUCGGCAAAAGCUUUUGAGGAUCGAAGGUUUGUCUCUUCCAGAAGAACAAAUAAGGAACCUAACGUUGUUGGAAAUUGAGCGUUACUUAUUACGUAACAACUCAAGUUUAAGUCGGUUUCCGUCUAUGCCUCAACCCGACAGUGAAUCAAUAUAUUCAGCAGACAACCGUUUAAUUGCUGAUGAGCUUAGGUACGAUGUAAGCGCUACUGCCAUUGAAUUUGAUAAUAAUUUAAGCAGCCUAACCGAUGAGCAGCGUUUAGUGUUUGAUGAGAUAAUUGAAGCAGUUAAUAGUAAUGCGGGUGGUUUGUUCUUCGUAUAUGGGUAUGGAGGUACUGGUAAGACAUUUCUUUGGAAGACAUUAUCUGCAUCCAUUAGAUGUAAAGGCGAUAUUGUACUAAAUGUUGCAUCAAGUGGAAUCGCAUCUCUUUUGUUACCUGGUGGGCGUACUGCACAUUCAAGGUUUCAUAUACCUCUAAAUUUAACAGAAACCUCGAUGUGUUUUAUUAAACCGGAUGAUGACGUUGCUGAUUUAUUGAAGAAAACGAAAUUGAUCAUUAGGGAUGAAGCACCAAUGAAUCAUAAACAUGCGUUUGAAGCACUUGACUGA